AUGAGGAAUGCGUUGGAUGUAUCGUCGCAGUUAAUAUUGAAAUCUGAAUGUAGUAAACCGCGACGAGUCCCCAUUUCAACAGUGAUUACAUCCGACCAAAAGCAUGUCUGUAUCGCAAUUGAUGAUCAAAUAUUCUUGUACGAUAUUCGCAGUGGACAACGCAUCUCAGUCAUUAAUCAAACCGAUACAGUGAUUGCCUUAUCAUCAUCCUCUGAUAACCAACUAUUGGUGUACCUGAUGAAUGGACUGCUCAUCGAAUACGCUAUCCCGAGUCAAGCAGUCGUACAGUACAAACAACUCAACAUCCAACAAAAACUGCUCAAAAUAUACCAAUCACCAACGACAUCCAAUCAGAUUUAUGCUAUAAUCGGUGAUUGUUAUGAUACUGAUGAAUAUUUCAAAAAUUUGAAUAUUAUUCGAAUUCAUACCUCUGCUGACUCGACUAGUAUCGAGAAUGUAAUAAAAGACGAGAGUAAAUUCAACAUCUCACCAAAAUUAACGAAUUUAGAGCGGUUGGCGUUAAGUGAUAAAUUAUGCGUAGGAUGUGUCGAUAAUCGAGUUUUGGUAUAUGCUUAUGAAAGUGGCAAGAGCGUGAAAUAUGAAUAUAAUUCAAGUAAAGAAGAGUUGAAUAAGGGUUUAGUGAAUGAUUUCGUCUCCAUAAAACUCUAUCAAAAACCAGAAGAAGAGGCAUCGAAACUGAUUGGAGUAUUGCAUUUCGGUCGAAUUCUGUUAUGGAAUAUUGAAAUGGCGAAUAAAGGGUCGGUGAGAAUCGUACUAAUGCAGUCAGUACAUUGGCAUCGAGGUGCACCGAGUGUGUGCUUGACUUCCGAGCAGUCAUUGCUCUCAGCCGGUAUCGAAGGUGUGCUCGUCAAAUAUUCAUCAGCCGUCUCCAAUAAAUCCUCAUUAUGCUCAUUU